GAACUGGGGAGCAGGUUACAAAAAACAACAGGAAAAAAGACAUACAGCACCAGGGAUUCGCUGGUCGUCACCGACCCAACUACUGAUCUGGCGGUCGGUAGCUUAUCUAGGGGAGAGCGGACGGGAUCCCGAGUUUUCUACCGCCUAUGGCCGUAUGUGAUAGGACUACACUGA